GCUGCACAUCUGUACUGACAGUGCCAGUCUGGAGAGAAUAUACAGAGCCCGCAUGUGGACAACCAUCUCACUCCUUGCACGGACACCACUUGGAUAUAAUGGAGAAUAUACAUUGCCCUCGUUUUUUAUUAGAAUACCAAGUCCAUUGGGGAUAUGAAAACAUCAAGUAAAUCUUCUUGACUCUAUGUUGGUCCGGUGGAUGAUUUGAUUUUCUCUCAUUGAAAAAGUUUAAGGUAACACGUAAUAAACUGUCUCUCUAAAGCGGAUUCGGUGCCGGUAAAGCAAUCGGGGGUCGGUAAAGCUGAUGUCUUCAUUUGACUCCUUGCAGUUGAUGAUGGUGGAUCUCUCUCGGAUUUCCAAUGUGGAAACCAGCAUCCAAUUAGUUUGCGAUUGAGCGCCUGGAUAGACAGCGCAGAGGCACUUUGGCCAGCUAGCCACUUAAGCGUGUAGCCUACCUGUGUGCAGACGCAUGGUUGGGCGCUCUGUAGGCUACAGAGUUCCAUUAAUUAUGAGUGGCAUUUUUACUUAUGUUUUAUAUUGUCAUUUAAAUUGAACGCAUCGGAUCUUGUUUAUGUGAUCAGAUAAAACUGUACAGUCUGAAUAUAUCAUUUGGAUACAAGUACUUCAUACUCACCACGGAACGUUAAAUGCAUCGCUGUGUGUUGGACUUUAAUACGGAUACAAUUGCAGGUCUGCAAGGGCCAGAUUUAAAAGCUUCCUUCAUAGGAACUGAGUCUAAGAUGAAGUUAUGGGAUGUUUUGGCCACGUGUUUGUUGCUCCUGAGCUCCGUCUCCACACGCCCCCUCUACCAAAACCUUCAGCCAGCCAAGAGAGCUCACUACUCGGAUCGGUACAGUGAUUCUCUGUCCCUGUCUGUGGAGGAACCAGAGCCAGAGUUCCAGUCAGAGUCUCACAGCCUGCAGGAAAUCUCCAUGGAGGAUAAAUAUGACAUCACAGGCCCAUAUCCGGACCAGUUUGAUGACGUAAUGGAUUUUAUCAAGGCUACCAUUGGCAGACUGAGGAGAUCAUCCGAGCCCGCCGGCGGCUCAAGGGAAAGGAGGGAGCAGAGAGAGCAGGAGAGACAGAGAGGAGCAGCAAACACGGACCGAGGAGGAGGAGGAGGAGGAGGGAGAGGAGAGGGGAGAGGAGGACGGGCAAGAGGAGGACGCGCGGAGAAGAAGAAGGGUCGGGGGCGAGGGGGCAAAGGGAGGAGCAGUGAAAGAGGGGAGCAGCGGACAAAGCCGGUUGAAGGCCGUGGCUGCUUGCUAAAAGAGGUCCAUCUCAACGUGACAGACUUAGGUCUGGGCUACCAGACCAAAGAGGAGCUGAUCUUCCGAUACUGCAGCGGCCCCUGUUCAGACGCAGAGACCAACUAUGACAAGAUCCUCAACAACCUCACCCACAACAAGAAGCUUGUUAAGGACAUACCUUCCCGCACCUGCUGUCGACCAAUCGCCUUUGACGACGACCUGUCGUUCCUGGAUGACAACAACGAGGACUACCACAUUCUGCAGAAGCAUUCCGCCCGCAAAUGUGGUUGUGUUUGACUCUGGGAGAGAUGAAACGAGAGAGAAAGGCAAAGUGCUGACAGA